AUGGCUCAUGCAGACGAGGCGGAGCAGCGGGUUGGAGUGCUCGAAGGCACCCCAGAGCGAAAAAAGCAACGGUGUUCUCCUCAGAAUGAAAGCAGUGGACACAAUGGAAGCCAUGCAAUCAAUGGUGUUGCAGCUGCGAACGGGACUGAUGCUCCAGAUGGGCAAGGCACGGAGGUCCCCAGCCCACCCAGUGCAAGUCAAACCGCCAUGCUGACAGAGGAUGCCCCGCUACAUAGCGAAGCGCAUAAGAAGGUCAGAUAUGCCAACAGUACGCAGUCGUGCCCUUUCGUGUUCAGAACUUCGGAUGGCCAGAAGAUCCCGUUCCAGACCACAGUCCGAGCAGCGGGCUCUAGUAUGGAGGCAGCAAUGCGCAUUGCCCGUAUGUGCUACCACAAAUUUGAGCUUGGCUUGGCCAAGCCGGAGGUGGAGCAGUAUCGAGCAGAGGCGUAUGAGAGGCUUCGCAAUGGCAUGGGCAUUACGCCCAAAGAAACCAAGAGGAAGCCAAGAGCGCCAAAGGAACCCAAACCAAAGGAAACGAAGGAAUUGCCCAAGGCCAAAGCUGCCAAAGGCAAGAAGAAAUCCUUUGCCAUCAAGGCCAGUGACUUGAAGCAAUUGAAUGAACAGGGAAGGCUGCAAGGUGCUUUGCGGAUUUUUGGGCGUGAUGCCAAAAAGAAAAACGCGACGGUCAAUGGUAUCUACCUCCUGUCGAAGAAGUUUGAGGGCAGCGCUGCUUAUGAACGCUUUUGCCCAUCAGGCGAUGACGGCGAUGACUUGCAACGGUGGCUCUUCUACGCCAAGGACAAGAGCCGAUGGAAGGUCAGUGAGGCCCUCGGUCAUCAUCACAACUUUGCCUUUCUGAAAGUGACGGACCUCACCUUGGGUAGCAUCGCUUCUGAUCCAGAUAGAUAG